CUAAUCCUAACCAAUCAUGCUUUAGUUUUAUUUUUUAAGUUAAAGUCUACAGCAAAAUUUUAUAAUUUUUUGCCAAUCAAAUUGUAGCUUUAUUUUUUCAAGAUACAGCAAAAAUUAAAAACUUUAACUUUUCUAUUUGUUUUAGACAAAAAUCCUACAUCCUUAUUAUUUAGGCUGUAGAAAAAAUAAACUCAUAACUGAAAAAAAAAACCACGUUUUAUUUUUCCAUCAACAUACGAGGUACAUGUAUAUAUUCAAAUCUUUAGUAUAUUCAAAUCAUGAUAAUCCUUGAUCAUAAACUAAUAAUUUAAAGUUAGAUAAACUUAAAAACAUAAAUUAUCAACUAAAAACAAAAAGGAAAAAUCAAUAGAUAACUUAAGCAAGGAAAAUCCUAACGUAACACUUGUUUUAUAAAUACCUAGCUUUUCUUCUUCAAAGCAUUAAGUCUAGAGAACUAAAUUUUCAAAUACGUUUUCCAAAUCACGCGAGAAAGAAGAACAAGUUGGAGCUAAACCUGUCCAUCGGUAAGACUAUGAAAAUGCACAAAUAGUCGAUUCUCGGCAAUACAUGGAAGGCUUUCGAGAUGAGAUUGCAAUGAAUUUAUAGAAUUCUCGUAGAUAAUAUUUAUUAUUAUUUAGAUGGUGGUUUUUCUUUGACUAUUUUUUAUUUUAUUUUAGAUGAUUUUCUUUAUUUUGGAUAGAUUUUAUAAAUUCUUAUAUUUUUAAAUUAACAGAAAAGUUUUUUUUACAGCUACAACACAUUUUAUCCAAUCAUGUUUUAUUUUACAAAAGUACAGCCAAUAAUUUACAGGUACAGUUAUCAUAACUACAGCAAAAAUCUCUGCAGAAAAAUAUACUUUAGUAAAUGUACAGCUACAGCCAAUACAUUUACAGUACAAAUUCUACAGUAAAUUUUUUACAAUACAGUCUAACCAAUCACCCCCUAUAUAUGGUAUAAUAUCUUAUCAUAUGUUAUAAUUUCUAUCUAUUCAUUUGACCACCACAGUGUGGGUUGACUAAAAUGUUGUAUAUAAUAGUAUUUGUAUGGGAGAUAAUUUGGCAAAAAAAAAAAACAUAUAUUACAUACAUCGUAAAGAAGGUUAUACAUAGAUAAAUAAAGUCUCUCCCCAUGUCCAAUCAAUUAGUCUCUUCUUGUAUGGCUUUGAUGGUUCUCUUCUCAGUGUUGUUGAUCAUUCCUAAAACUGAGGCACAGCAGAGAUGCACAAAAGUGAUAGCGCCCGAGACACAAUGUUUGUUGUUAAAUUGUAGGGAAGAGUGUUUCAAGACGUUGAAUGGAUUCGGAACUUGCGUUGAGAAUCCACCAGGCUCUGAUAAUUAUACAUGUAAUUGUAUGUACAAUUGUCCGAAACCACCACCAGCAGCAAUCGACCAUGUUAAAUGACAAAUUUUGAAUAUACUGUAUGUUACUAUGGAUAAUAAUAUUUACAAUUUACAAAAA